GGCAGGGCCCGAGCACGGACAAUGGGGCGGUGCGAAGAGAAGUGGGGGGCGGGGCAAGAAUUGGGGGCGGAGCCACGUGCGGGUUCGCGACCAGAGGAACUGAGGAAAAUAGGUGGGGCGCAGCUAAAUCGAGAAACAGAAACCGAGACCGAGUGAAGAGUAGCGGUGGGAGGCAGAGCAGGGGCAAGAGGAAAGAAGUGUGGGGCAAGGUUAGGGGGAGAGGCCAGGAGGCCGGGCGAAAUCAGGAGUAGGGGCGUGGCCAGGAGCAACAGGAGGGGCGAGACCUGGAGUAGUAGCAGAGGCGGGGUCCAGAAGUGUAGUAGAUGCAGAGUCUGGGGCAGGGCCGAGUUCUGGAGCAGAGGCGGAGCCAGGAACAAAAGCAAGGGUGGAGCCUGGAGCAAGAGCAGGAGAGGAGCGAGGAGCAAAAGUAGGAGUGGAGGGUCUGAGCAGAGGCGGGGCCAGGAGCAGGGACUGGACGAAGCACCGGAGCGAGGCGGGAUCUCAGAAGGCGCCUACCAAGAACAGUCUUGCAGGCUGGUGACCUCCGCAUUCUCCAGGUUGAAGCCACGUUAUCCACUGCCCCGAGAUGUCCCCUGCUGGCCCUGCGUGGCUGAGGCUCCGAGUCCUGCAGGCGCUGUGGGCACUGCUGGUGGUGCUGUUGGCACCGUGGAGGUUGUGGGCGAUAAAGAAUACCCAGGAGUGCACCUGGCAAGUUGUCCUGAACAACUUUGAGACAGUAGGCAAGAAGGACGCGAGCGAUCGUUUCGUCGAUCAAGAGCCCUUGUACACAGUGGACAAAGUGUUCAGCCUGCUAGUGGACGCGCCCAUCGACCCGGACGAGACAUACCUGGGCUUUCCUUACUACCUGAAGAUCAACUACUCCUGCAAGGGAGAGUCCUCUGAGGCCCUGGUCCGCAAGGGCCACCUGACGGGGCUGAAGCCGGUGGUGCUGGUCACCUUCCAGUCCCCAGUCAACUUCCAUCGCUGGAAGAUAGAGCAGCUGCAGAUCCAGAUGGAGGCAGCCCCCUUCCGCAGCAGAGAGAGGUGUAAUGCAGAGGAAGUGUGUCUCAUGAGCUGGUACACACCCAUGCCCAUCAAGAACGGCAGCGUGGUCAUGCGCGUGGACGUUAGCAGCAACGGCCUGGGGCCCUUCAUUCCCAAUAAAAGGUUUCAGGUGAAUAUCAACGGCUUCCUGGAGAGACAGCGAGACAACACACUCCAAUUCACUGUGGGAAAUGAGCUCUUCAAUCUGAUACCCCGGUACUUUGUGAAUGUCCCGUCGAGGCCCUUGUGGUACACUGUGGACCAGGCACCUGUGUUCAUCCUGGGCGGCAUCCCUGAGGAGAAGGCCAUCCUGCUGACUGACACAAACUUCAAGGACUUCUUUCUCGUGGAGUUGAGCAUUGACAGUUGCUGGGUAGGCUCCUUCUACUGCCCCCAGACCAGCUUCACUGCUACCAUCUAUGAUGCCAUCGCCACCGAGAGCACCCUCUUCAUUCGGCAGAACCAGCUCAUCUACUAUUUCACGGGCACCUAUACCACACUCCACGAAAGCAACCGUGGCAGCGGGAGAUGGGUCCGUGUCCUGGCUAACGAGUGCAUCAAGAAGUUGUGCCCUGUGCAUUUCCAUAGCAAUGGCUCCGAGUAUGUCAUGGCCCUCACCACUGGCAAGCACGAAGGUUACGUCCACUUUGGGACCAUCACGGAUGGCCGCGUGUCCUUCGAGUUGCUGCCCAGGCAGCGGUCCGUGUGCAAUGGGAUACUAGUUGUCAACUGCUCCAUAACCUGGGCCGUAUUCAUUGCUGGUGACUACAAUCUACUGCUGCUGGUGGAGAUCGAAGACCCCUCCACCAGGAAGUAUUUCCAGGUGGUCAGCUAUGACCUGGUCAGUGAUUACCUGGUUGUCCUCUACACCAUCCCGGAAUUCAUCCCUGAUGCUCGAGGCCUGGAGUUCCUGAUGGUCCUAGGGACAGAGUCUUACACCAACUUCCCGAUGGUACCCAAGGGCAUGUCCUACAACCCGUAUAACAACCUGCUGUUCAUCUGGGGCAACUUCCUCCUGCAGAGCUAUAACAGUAAAAACUUCAUCUACCUGGCGGACUUCCCCAAGGAGCUGUCCAUCAAGUACCUGGUUAACUCGUUCUAUGGGGACACGGCUAUUGUCACAGAGACUGAGGAGAUCUGGUACCUCCUGGAGGGUAGCUACCAGGUGUACAAGCUGUUCCCAUCCAAGGGCUGGGAGGUGCACGUCAGCCUACAGGUGAUGCAGCAGUCCUCUCUCUACGCCCCCAAUGAGACCAUGGUCACCCUCUUCUACGAAGACCACAGACUGUACCAGCUGGUGUACCUUAUAGACAACCAGCAGGGCAGGCUCGUCAAGAGGCUUGUGCCUGUGGAGCAGCUUCUGAUGUACCAGCAGAUCAGCAACGACUACCUCUUGGAGCGGCAAGGGAGCCACCUGACGCUCUCCUUCACCAACUUCUGCCCCUUCACGGUGAUGCGUCUGCGGGACCUGCCCAACCCGCAGAUCUACACGCGCCAGGAGCGCUACCGGGCGCAGCCGCCGCGUGUCUUGGAGCCCGGGGGCUUCCACAGCGACAACUCGCUCGCUGUCUAUCAGGGACUCGUCUACUACCUGCUUUGGCUGCACUCGAAGUACGACAAGCCAUAUGCGGACCCGGUGCACGACCCCACCUGGCGCUGGUGGAAGAACAAGAAGCAGGACCAGGUGCGUGGAGAGGGUGGCGAAUCGGUGGGAGGGCCGAGCCCGGAUCCCCCCUCACCGUCCCCCUGUCCGGGCACUGUCUUUGCCCCGCAUCCCGUCCCUCAGGAUUACUACUUCUACCUGGCCAGCAACUGGCGGAGCGCUGGCAGUGUGCACGUUGACAUGGCCAGCUACGAAAAGAUCUACGACCUUAAGGCUGAGAACGAGCUGCCCGAGCGCAUCUUCCUGGACAAGGGCACCAGCUACCGCUUCUCGGUCUUCCUGACGGCCCGGGAGCCGGAGCCCCUGCACGGCCCCUCCUUCCAGCUGCAGAGCAAGGUGGGCCUGGCUGUGGUGCUGGCCGACCCGGAAUGCAUCGAGGCGGUGGUGAAGGAGAAGGUCCUUGUUAAUCGCAACUCGGUGCUUUUCUGGGUUACGCUCAGUGAUAAAAGGUUUUGCUUUGAUCAGGGCAUUAGUGGACAUCACCUCAUGAAAACCUCCAUGCUCCUCAAGGUGGUGGGCUCGUCCGGGCACUGCUUCCAGAACACGAACCAGGGGCCCCGCAUGCAAGGCAACCUGAUGGUGCCAGUACUUAUCGGCUGCCCCCCAGGCAAGCGCCUUGCCUUUGACAUCACCUACACGCUGGAGUACAACCGCCUGCAGAACAAACACUACUUUGACUGCGUGCACGUCGACCCCGAGAUGCCCUGUUUCCUCUUCCGCGACAGUGCGUGUCCAGCCCCCCCCCUCAAUGUUCAGUGUCCUCUGCCCCCACUACUUUGCCCUCCCAGGCCUUUCCUCCCUGCCCGCUCACUGCCCCAGCACCCUCUGCUCUUCCCCUUGGACCACUCGUCUCUCCUUCUUCCCCUCUCCAUCCUCCACUUCCGAGCUAAUUGCUCCUCCCCGCCUCAACUCCUCCGACCCCACAGUCUUCUACCCAUUCUUCUUGAUCCAAGAUUUGGUGACGGGAGACUCUGGCAGUUUUCAGGGCAGCUACGUGCUGAAGGUGGUGGGCGGCGGGCCCACCCUGGACACCAUCAAGGAAUACAGCGAGGAGGAUAUCUACCGCUUCAACAGCCCCCUGGACAACACAGGACUGGCAGCCUCAUCUGGACCACAAGAAACACAACGACCACCGAGGACUCAGCCUUCAACAUUUUGUCCCACAACAGUUUAGGCAUUGAGUGGCUCUGUAUGGAGAACUCCCCAUGCCAUGACACCAUUCCACACAGCAUCUUUGCCUCCGAGUUCUUCUUCAAGGUGUUGGUGAGCAAUAGAGGUGUGGACAAGAGCACAUACUGCGACUACCAGCUCACCUUCCAGCUGCACAUCCACGGGCUCCCACUCAGUGCCAGGCGGGCCUUCCUCAUCCUCAUGGUGUCAGCCAGCCUGUUCGUUGGUCUGGUGAUCCUCUACGUCAUCUCCUGCCUCCUGUCGCCCUAUGUGGUGAAGGUCUGCAACGUCCUCUGCUGGAAGAUCAACAACAUCAUCGCCUGGGAAUCUUACAUCUACAGUAUCGCCUCCGACACCGGGGCCUUCAGCAACACCUCUGGGAUCAAAUCUGGGGAGAGCUCUGGGGGCACCUCCAGAGUUGUCUCCAAGGUGGCAGGGGAGAACAGGACUGACACUAAGGAAACCUUGAGGAAGAAGCCAAUAUCCUGAGCCUCUUACCUGCCCCAACUGCCACCCACCCUCAUCCCUCGUUUCCUGGGCCACUUUGAACAUGCAACCUGUGGCUCGCUCAUCCCAGGCCUUUCUCCCAUUUUGCUUGAAUUUUCACUUUGCAUUUCAGCACCAGCUGUGGGACCUUGUAAGGACUCAUGUUCAAUUAGUUUGUACCACUCAGCCACAUAAGUUAUAAAAUAUCAAAAUCCUUCUGUGCCGAACUGGUAAA